AUUAAAUAAAUAAUAGUUAUAAAAGCAAAAAAUUAUGGAUAUACAAAGUUUUAUUAUUAAUGAAAUUUCAAAAACAUUAGAAAUUCCUGACAUAGAUAUUAAUAAAAAAUUUGAAGAGCUUGGAGGUGAUUCUCUCGCAGUUGUUGAAAUUCGUGGUGAAAUAAAUAAUAAAUAUAAUGUUGAUGUAGAUUAUUCAACUUUUUUAGAUAAAACAGUUAGAGAAAUUUGUGAUAUAUAUAUGGCAAAAAUUGCUCAAAAAGGUAAAUAACGGAAUAAAGAAACAAUAAACAACUUCAUUGAUUUAUUGAAAGCCACCUCUAUCAUCACAAUUCCAAAAAUUAAUUAAUAAAAAGAUUCAAGUGUGAUAAUU